GAAAAACAUUGGCUGCUUCCAAGACACGUUAUUACUUCAAAGCAAAUAUGUUAGGGUAUGUUUGCAAAUCAUUUAGAAUAAGCCGUGCGUCACAAAUUCAAUGUGCUCGGAUAACAUAAAGAGUGUGUUUUGUACUACAAAGAAGAGAACAUUUACUUUGAACCAUUUCUGUUUGAUGUUAAGUUUAACUAUCCAUUCUUUGAAACAAAACCUUUUCUGAACAUAACGGAGCAAUAAAACGUUAGGCGUAACACUUUAUUUGAAAUAAAAAUGAGAGAAGGAAAGAUAUGUUUUGUGUUAAGAAUAUCAGUGAUAAUAGUCCAAAUGAACAUGUCCUCUGCGUCUUUGACGAAUAGUAACGGAACAGCCGAGGAAGACAUUACCGGCGAAAUAUUGUUGAAGCUUGGAAGAACGCUGCAUAAGCCAGUAAUUACACUGUUAGGAAUGGCAAUUCGGAACCUUGAAAAUCUCCAUCCUUGCUCUGACUGGACACACUGGUCAGAAUGUGGUGCAAUAAGAGAGGGAUACAUAGCUUCACGGAAACGAACAAGAAAAUGUGGCAGAUAUCAAUCUGGGGAUAAGUUGACAACGGAAACAGAUAUCGGCAUAUGUGAGGGAUUAUGUUCCAAGGCAUAUAACGUGACGACAAAUGGAUUCUGUGUUAAACUGUAUGUCAAUUUUAAAACGUUUGAUGACGCAGAAAAACAGUGCCAGGCAGACGGUGGCCACGUGAUUAAUAUUGAUUCAGUUUUAAAGAAUGGUGAUGUAAAGACAUUAUUGCAGGGAAUUAGUGCAAAUGUUUAUAUUGAUGGUCAGCGGAAGGACUCAAGUUCAGCAUGGUUGACCAUAAAUGGUUCCCAGAAACAAUUCUUCAACUGGGCAUCUGGAGAACCAGAUAGUGGUCUUUGUAUAAGAAUUUAUCCGUGUAAUUCAUUUUGGUAUGAUUCCAGUUGCACUUCAAACAGGCCGUUUAUUUGUGAAAUAUUACAUUGAACUUAGGAUUAUCAGUCCAAAGCUUGGAAAUAAUAGUGUUUAAUAUUGAUAAUAGGUCAUCGUCAACAGAUUUAGACUGGAAGGAUACUUACGUCUCUUAUAAUAAGAGAUUAAUAUCUGAAACGAACUGGAAAGGAAAAGAAGUUCAAACAAAUACAAUUAACAAUAAGAAAGUUAAUGAAUUUAAGUGUUUGAAGGAAACCCAUUAUGUAUGAACAUCAAUGGUGUAAAGUUAUAUAAAAUUUGGCGUAAUAAUUAUAUUAAACAGUCCGAAUCCUACAUUGCACUUUUGGAUUACAUAUAUAAUUUUAAUGAAUGUGGAUUUCUGUGACUGUUAUCGUGUUAGUAGAAAAGUCAUAUAUGUUCGACAAAAACAAUGUGUACGAACCCCCUUGCUUGCUACGCAACUGCAAUUGU